AACGCUAUUCACACCCCCUCUAGCAUUGGGCCUUUAUGCUAACAAUUGGUAUCAUAGCAAUACUCUCUUAAAGACUUAACCGUUUGAGAGAAACGAUCAAUGGCUUCUACUCAAAGUUCAUACGCAGGUUUAGGUGAAGGGCAAUCCACCACGAGGCCUCCAUUGUUUGACGGAACAAACUACACCUAUUGGAAGGAGCGGAUGAGGAUUUACAUCCAAUCCACAAACUUUCUCCUUUGGAGAAUUAUCAAAAAUGGUGAGGACGUGCCAAUGAAGAAGGUCGAGGAAACCAACGUCCCUAAGAGCGAGGAUGAAUAUGAUGCACAAGACAUCAAGAAAGUGGAAAACAAUUCCAAGGCCAUCAACAUCAUCUAUUGUGCCGUUAACCCGGAUGACUACCGGAAGAUUUCUUGUUGCACCACCGCAAAGGAAAUGUGGGACAAACUAGAAAUCACCUACGAAGGUAUGGAUCAAGUCCGAGAAGCUAAAGCCGAUGCCAUUCAAGAGUCCAUCGGCAUCACCAAUGUCACCAUUGACGGACUUAGAGGUAACCUCAAAACCUAUGAGUCCACCAUUCUAUUCCCUUCUUUAAGUGAACAAAAGAAGAAGGGGAUUGCACUCAAGGCUACCUCAAGCCAAGAACCCGCCAUGGAGGAAUCAAGAGAUGAGGACAACGAGUUCGGGCUCGUCAUCAAAACGUUCCACAAGUUCAUGCGAAAAGAGUAUGAACGAAAGGGCAAAAAGCAUGGAGGACCACCCAAGUGCUAUGGGUGUGGAGAAGUUGGGCACAUCAAGCCAAAAUGCCCAAAUGCCAAAAACAAGAAGGAGAAGAAACUGUUCAAGAAGCACCGAGCUUACAUUUCAUGGGGAGGUGAUUCCGGCGAUGAGUCAUCGGAAGGCGAAGAGAAUGAAAGCGCCAACCUUUGGCUCAUGGCACACGAGGAACCACCGGAAGAGGUAUGUACCACUUCUAAAGAUUCCUAUACUCUGGAUGAUGUACAAGAAGCUUUUAAUGAACUCUAUGAUGAAUAUGUCAAUGCUUCUAAAAUUAACAAGGAUUUAAAGAAACAGCUUACUUCCAUGGAGAAGGAAGUUGAUAAAUUAUCAAAAGAUAAUGAAAGACUCAAAGAAGAAAAUAAGUUUUUCGGAAAAAGAAGCGCCGACAAACCGAAGAGUUCAAAAUGUAGUUCAUGUACAUCACUUAAAGAACAAGUUGCAAAACUUGAAGGAACCUUAAAGAAGUUUGGUGUUUCUCACAAAAUCUCAAUGAUGUCCUUGAUAAUUUGCAACUUACUAAACAUGGCUUAGGAUUUGAAAAUGAAACCAAUAAUAAGGAAAAAGUUGAGCAACCACCUAAACAACCUAAGGCUCAACCUAGGAAAACUAAAAUGAACAAUAAUAGACAACCUACAUC